UUAAAAAGAGAUUUCAAUCUCGGUGGAAAAAAAAGCCUUAUAUAUUCAUGUUUGCACCAAUCUCCUGUGAAAUUUAUGAAGAAAACCCAAUUGAGGACAACACUCCGUGGAAGCUAGCAGAUACAGCAGGUGGUCUUUGAGGACUCUUUGUUAGCAUCCUGUGAUAAUGAGUACAUGGACUUCUGUUCAUUCAUCAAAUUGCAUCGACCACUUUAGCUGCCAAGAGCCUGGAUCUGACUUCCAACCAUUAACAUCUAUGUGAAUAUUGAUCUACCUCCACCUUUUAAAAGCAUUGACGAAUGAAUCAGAAUUUUGUCAAACAAAGAAAAGUAAAAAAAAAAAUUCUUACUAAAUAAAAUUUGAUAUAUUGAAAACUACAAUGAGGCAAGACUGACUUUUCUAUUUACCUUCCAAGAACUAAUGUAAUUGCCACCUUAAAAAGAAAAAAUGAACAGCACAUGUAUUCACGAACAGCACGACCUGGAUCACUAUUUAUUUCCAAUUGUGUACAUCUUUGUGAUUAUAGUCAGCGUUCCAGCUAAUAUUGGAUCUCUAUGUGUGUCUUUUCUGCAAGCAAAGAAAGAUAGUGAAUUAGGGAUUUACCUCUUCAGUUUAUCACUAUCAGAUUUGCUAUAUGCAUUAACUCUCCCCAUAUGGGUCCAUUAUACUUGGAACAAAGACAACUGGAUUUUCUCUCACACCUUGUGCAAAGGGAGUACAUUCGUCAUGUACAUAAACUUCUACAGCAGCACAGCAUUUCUCACCUGCAUUGCUGUUGACCGAUAUCUGGCAGUUGUCUACCCUUUGAAGUUUUUUUUCCUAAGGACAAGAAGAUUUGCAUUCAUGGUCAGCGUAUGCAUCUGGGUAUUGGAAACCAUCUUCAAUGCUAUCCUUUUGUGGAAAGAUGAAACAAUUGUUGAAAAUUGUGAUGGCCAACAGUUUAUUCUGUGCUAUGACAAAUACCCUUUGGAGAAAUGGCAAAUCAACCUCAACUUGUUUAGGACAUGUACAGGCUAUGCAAUCCCUUUGGUCACCAUAAUGACUUGCAACCAGAAAGUCUACCAAGCUGUGCGGCAUAAUAAAGCCACAGAAAAUGAUGAGAAAAAAAGAAUUAUAAAACUACUGCUCAGCAUCACACUGACUUUUGUCUUAUGCUUCACCCCCUUUCACGUGACGCUGCUGAUUCGCUGCAUUUUAGAGGGCGGUAUGCAUUUUAAUAGCCACAGCAAGUCUGGGAAGAGGACUUACACAAUUUAUAGAAUCACAGUCGCAUUAACAAGUUUAAAUUGUGUUGCUGACCCAAUUCUGUACUGUUUUGUAACCGAAACAGGAAGAUAUGAUAUGUGGAAUAUAUUAAAAUUCUGCAUUGGGAAGCGUAAUACGUCACAAAGACAAAGAAAACACCUACUUUCUACAUCUACAAAAGAUACUGUGGAAUUAGAGGUCCUGGAAUAGAACCAAGGGUAUUUUGGGGGGAAGGUGGAGAGAGGAAAAAUUAAAGUCACAGUAUUAAAUCAUCUUGAUGAUACAAUUAUAUUUUGAAAAGCAAAUCUAGAACU